GCUGUUAAACAGCCACGUUACGAAGCUGAUGUUUUGUAACGACGUGUCUGGAAACGUGACGGACACUGAGCACCGACAGACCGGAGCACGCUGCCGACUGACCCGGACCACUGUCGGUGUUUCUGCAACAACAACACACACUACUGCUGCUGCUGCUAUAAAGAAAAAAGCAUGUCUACAUCACGGACAGUGAUUUGUUUACUAAGAAACGACCUCCGACUCCACGACAAUGAGCUUUUCCACUGGGCUCAAAGAAAUGCAGAGAACAUCGUCCCACUGUACUGCUUUGACCCAAGACAUUAUGUGGGAACAUACAACUACAACCUACCAAAGACUGGGCCUUUCCGCCUGCGCUUCUUACUGGAGAGUAUCAGAGACCUCAGAAACACGUUGCUCAACGUGGGCAGCAACCUCAUAGUGAGACGGGGUAAACCAGAAGAGGUUGUCGCCGACCUCAUCAAGCAACUGGGCUCUGUCAGCGCUGUGGCUUUCCAUGAAGAGGUGACUUCGGAAGAACUGAAUGUCGAGAAACAAGUGAAGGAUGUCUGCGCACAGAUGAAGGUCAAAGUUCACACCUGCUGGGGGUCUACGCUGUACCACAGAGAUGAUCUUCCAUUUCACCACAUAUCCAGGCUGCCCGAUGUGUACACUCAGUUCAGGAAGGCAGUGGAGACCCAGAGCAGGGUGAGGCCUGUGUUCACAACCCCCGAGCAGCUGAAGCCUCUCCCCUCAGGGCUGGAGGAAGGAGCCAUUCCUACAGCAGACGACCUGCAACAGACAGAGCCUGUGACUGAUCCUCGCUCAGCCUUUCCCUGCAGCGGUGGUGAAAGUCAGGCUCUGGCCAGAGUCAAACACUAUUUCUGGGACACUGAUGCUGUUGCAACUUACAAAGAGACUCGUAAUGGCUUGAUUGGUGUGGAUUAUUCCACUAAAUUUGCACCUUGGCUGGCGAUGGGUUGCAUUUCACCCAGGUAUAUUUAUCAUCAGAUCAAGCAGUACGAGAGGGAGCGAACAGCCAAUCAGAGCACAUACUGGGUCAUCUUUGAACUUUUGUGGAGGGAUUACUUCAAGUUUGUAGGUGUCAAGUACGGAAACAGACUGUUUCAAGUGAAAGGACUUCAAGACAAAACGGUUCCGUGGAAAAAGGACAUGAGGCUUUUCGAUGCGUGGAAUGAGGGUCGAACAGGAGUGCCCUUUGUGGACGCUAACAUGAGAGAACUGGCAAUGACAGGCUUCAUGUCCAACAGGGGGCGGCAAAAUGUUGCUAGCUUCCUCACAAAAGACCUCGGCCUGGACUGGAGGAUGGGAGCUGAGUGGUUUGAAUACCUUCUGAUUGACCACGAUGUCUGCAGCAACUAUGGCAACUGGCUUUACAGCGCUGGUAUAGGAAAUGACCCCAGAGAGAACAGGAAGUUCAACAUGAUCAAGCAAGGCCUCGACUACGACAAUAACGGUGACUAUGUACGGCAGUGGGUCCCUGAGCUGCAGGGGAUCAAGGGAGCCGACGUGCACACACCUUGGACCCUGAGCCCCGCUGCACUGUCACAUGCUCGCGUGUCCCUUGGUGAUACAUACCCCACCCCCAUGGUCACAGCGCCUGAAUGGAGCAGACAUUUUAACAAGAAACCGAGUGGCACAGGUCCUUCACCAAGAGGGAAGAAAGGCCCACCUCACACUCCCAAACAACAUCGGGACAGAGGCAUAGAUUUCUACUUCUCCAGAAGCAAAAACCUGUGAUGAUCUACCUCAAAGAAAACACUGACCUUGUGAGCGGACGCUCCGACAAUGGUGCAAUCCUGGACUUUUGUUGUGAAAUCCGUGUUGCACACUGUCGUGCUGUCUGGGGGAAGUUGAUUUGACGAAAAGUCCAUGUACACUUGAAUACUUGUAUUAUGUACUGUAUUACAUGUAUACCAUCAGGUAACACACAUUACAUGUAGUCAUUUCUAUAGUUCCUGUUAAGCACAUUGUGGUUUUCAGUUUUAGACUGUCUGCUGAUGUUUUUCUGCAGUAUUUUCCUGUUUCUGUUUCGUGUUCUAUUUUUCUGUUUUUCACAGGUUGUCGAUUUGUGGCAGUUAUAAAAAUAAAAGUUGCUAAAUGGCAGAAGAAAUUCUUGAUUUU